AUGGCUGAGAUUAUAAGUGAUACUGAAUUAGGAAAUUCACAAAAAAAUAUAAAAAAUAGUGAACCAUCAGUUCCAAAUAUAUCAAGAGAGACCAGUAACAGUAAUUUAAUAGAAGCAAGCAGUAGCAAUUUAACAAGGAAAAUAGAUACUAUUGUAAUCAUUGUACAUGACAAAAGUUAUAAAGCUGCUAAAGAUAGUUCAACUUCUAUAUUAAGAAGUCAUAUUAUUCGUGAACAUAAAUAUUUGAAUCAAGAAGUAUCUACAUCUAGGCCAUUGGACAAAUUUAUUAAAUCAAAAAAAACAUUGACAU